UGAGCGCCUCUCUGCUGGCCUUCGAAAUGGGCUCGACUCCUCUGCCUUGAUUUCUUCAAUUGUCCCUCCGCACAUCAUAACUUUUUUUGAAGAACAGCGUGUUCGCGAUGACAUUUGGAGGUGAACUGGCAGUCGAGGUCAGCCCAGUGAUUUCAGAUCUGGUUCCUAUGCGGGCCGACUGGCUUGCAAGUUUCAGUUCCUGUGCAGUACAGUAAAGGCACUUGCUUGGUCAGAGGAUUGCUAUGAAACCAGCUCAGGAGCGCAACCAGGAGUGCCUGCCUCCUAAGAAGAGGGACCUCCUAGUUAGCAACAGCAGUGGAGGUGCAGGGACUACUGGAGGAGUCGGGGCUGCAGGAGGGGCUGGUGGCAGUAGUAGUAGUAGUAGUAGUGGUGGUGGUGGUGGUGGUGGUAUUGGAGAAGAUGAAGUGGUUUCUAUCCAGAACUCUGCAACCAACAGUGACACUCAGGGAGGGGCCCCGUCUGGAGAGUGGCUGCGAGCUCAGCCGGGGCUUCAUUAUGGAGUGGAUAAUUCUGAUGGCAUACCAGCAGUGCCAGUUGACCAGUACGGUAUGCUCUACAAAGUGGCUCUUCCAUCUGUUACCUACUCGCCUACCAGUCUCCACCCAGUGUUAAGCCACAUCUCUCAAGCCUACACUGUACACUCCUCUCUCCUGCAGCAUCCAGGCCUUUCCUAUCCUCCUCUCGGUUAUGCCCAGAUCCCUCAUUCCUCUCUCCAGUUCGUUAGUUCCCCUUAUGCAGCGGUACCUUAUGCCCUACCGCCUGGCUUUGUCCCGGGAUCCUUAAUCUCUCCCCCAGGCACUAUUCCUCAGCAACAUGCUGUGUCCCACCUUGUUCCCUAUCCAUCCGUCAUACAGGAAGGUGUUGUGUCCCCACCUCCCCAGGCCCAGGUCGCUGCUCAUACCUUUGCCAAAGUUUCAGCAUCCAGCGGUGUCCCGCUGAUGCUGCCUUCAGAGCAAGCUGCCCAGCAGCACCUCGGUAACGUAGGAGUCCUGCCCACGACAGAGCUCAGCUCUCGGGGGAUGCCCGUCUACUAUCACCCUCAGGGUGCCAGGGCCACCAGAGACCCCCACAGUGCCCAGCAGGAGAAUGAACCAGAGAUGAACGGAGGCGAUAAAGAGCAGGGAGCUAGGGAGCUUGUACUCGACUCGGCCUUCGCUGCCAGAAAUGCACGUCUGCUGCAGGGCGCAUCCAACUUUGUAGCCCAGGAGUACAGCCAAGACAGAGGCUCGCUGAACCGAAGGCUGGAAGACAGAAGCUCACCUGGCCAGCGCAGCACUCCAGACAUCGACCUGGAGGUGCAGCAAGUGGUUGGUCGUUUGGCUUCCCAUGGUGGAGUGCGAAAAGAGGUCUCCUUUGCCCCCUUGAACCUCUCUCAGGGUGCACAGAGAGCCAGAGAUGUCCAUGGAGAGGGCACGGGUGUGAUCUCCGGGCGGACUGCGUACACGACCCAGGCUGUGAGUUACAAUGAUCCCAGAGUGACCGGACUCCAGCAGCAAGCGGGACAACCAGGCCAUGCUGUCAUGCUUGCCAACGGGCAACCCGUUCUUAUACCCUUGGAGUAUCACCUGCAGCAUCACCCCCAACCGCCACAGCAACACUACCUAGGACAGGCUAAUGAUGCCUCAGCCAGCCACGCGUUUACCACCAUGGCCUCCCCUAACGCAAGCUUUAAAGCCUCCGAUUCUUCAGCCAGAGUGUGCCUCCUUGAAAGGGCAGAGCUGACCACAGCUCAGCAGCAGCUGCCCCAGCAGCCUCCUGUCCAGCCUGCAGCAGAUGUGGCUCAGGCCUUAGCGCAAAGCCUCGCUCCGGCCUCGGCUCCCUCCAACCCGUCACACUUCAUGAAGGGAGCCAUCAUCCAGCUGGCUACUGGGGAACUGAAGCGUGUGGAGGACCUCCAGACUCAGGACUUUGUGCGGAGCGCCGAGGUGAGUGGGGGGCUCAAGAUUGAUUCCAGCAUGGUAGUGGACAUCCGUGCCAGCCAGCAGAGACCGGGUCUUGUGUCGCUUCACUUCACCGUGGGGGAGCAGCAGAGCAAAGUGACCAUCGACGUUCCCCCGGAGCACCCGUUUUUUGUGUUUGGGCAAGGCUGGUCGUCCUGCAACCCCGAGCGCACGGCCCAGCUUUACGGCCUGGCCUGCCAUCAUCUGCAAGUAGGAGACGUGUGCGUGUCCAUCACCCUGCAGCAGCAGCUUCAGCAGCAGAAACAGCCCCAGCACCAUCAUUCACAGCAGCAACAGAAACAGCAGAACCUGUCCAGGGCUUUGAGCAAAACCAACGCCACAUCAAGUCACCAGCUCAUGGGCCCUCCGGCCCCCCAACAAUCAAGGCCUCCGUCUCAUUUCAGGCCAGACCGCAUUCACAGAGAAAGACAGAGGGAUGGGGAACAAGAUGUGGUAGAUAAGGAGGAAACCACACAUUUUGGGGUUGUCGGGCACUCUGAGUCGCCCAUCAGAAUAAGUAGGACCUCAGCAGAGCAUCCGAGGAGCCAGAGCAGCUACCACUUGCACACAGAGGGCUCUGCUUUUGCAGGGGCAGGGAUGGGAGCGAUGCAGGCUGCGCUAGGUGCGUCUCAGAGGCGCUGGUCCUCACCUGGCCUCCAAAGAUACAGUAUGAAGGGAGACGAGGGGCCACGCCCUCAAAUAAGCACCACCGGCCACACGAGGCCCUCUUUCAUCCCCCAGGAGGUCAAACUGUCCAUUGAGGGGCGCUCUAACGCAGGGAAGUAGCAUCACAUUUGGUAGCAGCUAUAGAGGAGACUGCCACGAGUGAGUCUGACAAGGAGAGAAAGAGGGAAAAAAAAGAGUGCGAAUGUAGCCUCAGAAUGUUUGAGAUUUUGCACACCUAAAAUAUACAAUACAAGGUCUCUGGUGAGAAGGUCCGGUUGUCACUCAGCCAAAGGAUACGCGCCUGUGGUUUCCCAGCCAGCUGAGGUCCAGCAGAGACAUCACAAGCUGAGUAGAAAGUAUGUAGCGGAUGAAAUGCCUCCCACAGUCCUUGCACACUGCAGUCCUCUUCCUCCCUCCGUCUUUUUUGUCAUCACUUCCUCAUAACCCAUGCUUGGAGGUUACCAUCGCAUUCAGAACACUCUUGCUUCCUUUUUGACCAAACCGUCUCUGGAAGACCGAGGACUUACGAGGAAUGUUUGUAGCACAGCGAAGCUACCAACUCUGCAGGUUCUGAUCUAUUUAAAAAAAGAUCCCAGCCAUUGAUCCUUUCUCUCCUCCA